AUGUUCAGCCGGUCGGGAUACCAAGCCCUUCCCUUGGGAGACUUUGACCGCUUCCAGCAGUCCAGCAUCGGGCUCUACACUGCCCAGAAGGGCUUCUUCUCCUUCGGGUCCAAGCAAGAUCUUCUGGGGCCAGCCGGGAAUGCUGCAGAUUCUUCCCAGGGUUGGUUGUCCUGGAUCUGCCAUGGGAUUAUCACCUCCUUGGUUUUCUUGCUGAUGGUUGUCACCUUCCCCAUCUCGGGAUGGUUUGCUUUGAAGAUCGUGCCCACUUACGAGCGAAUGAUCAUCUUCCGCCUGGGCCGCAUCCGGGCACCGCAGGGACCCGGCGUAGUCCUGCUGCUGCCUUUCAUUGAUCACUGGCAGCGAGUGGAUCUGAGGACGAGGGCCUUCAAUGUGCCCCCCUGCAAGCUGACCUCCAAGGAUGGGGCGGUCAUCUCCAUGGGUGCCGACAUCCAGUUCCGGGUGUGGGACCCCGUGUUGUCCGUCAUGAUGGUGAAGGACCUCAUCGCAGCCACCCGGAUGACGGCGCAGAAUGCCAUGACCAAGAGCUUGAUGAAGAAGAGCCUCCAGGAGAUCCAGGUGGAGAAGUUGAAGAUCGGGGAGCAGCUGCUG